CUAUAUCUCCCCAAAUCGACUACUGGAUUCCCAAACAAAUGCAAGUUGGCUGUUGGCUCCCUCUGCAGGCUCAGCUCUCGGCGGUCCUUCUCCACUCUCCAGCCCGAAGGCUAGUCUAGUCUGCUCACGGUAUGUAGAUUUUCUUCCACUGGCUACUGCUUCGUCUAUACUGAUCUUCCACUGGUCGACGAGACAGAUCAUCCUUUCCGCGGCAGCAGCAGCCUGCUGGCCGGCCUCUUUCCAGAACACGGUUAAAUAAUUUCCAUGCAGCUUUCUACUAGAUGGGAAGCCAUAGCACGGAUCAUACAAAGCAGUGAUGUGCCAAAGGUCAUCCCAUUCCAUUUAUUAAAAGAAAUGACGAAUGGUUUCUCAAAGGAGCGGAUAAUUGGUACCGGCGCAUAUGGCCAAGUUUUCCUGGGUGUGCAUAAAGAUGGGGAGAAGAUUGCAGUGAAGAUGCUUUAUGACAUGCCAGGGCUUGAGGAGGACCAAUUUCAGAAUGAGCUCAGCAACCUUGUACGGCUCCAGCACCAAAACAUUGUGCAAGUUGUUAGCUAUUGCUAUGAAAUUCAGAAAAAACUUGUUAAGUACAAUGGAAAAUAUGUUCUUGCUGACAAGAUAUAUAGGUUACUCUGCUUCGAGUAUAUGCAAAAUGGAAACCUUGGCAAGUAUCUUUCUGAUGAGUAUCACGGACUUGAUUGGCACACACGCUAUGGGGUAAUUAAGGGGAUUUGCAUGGGAUUGAAAUACCUUCACGAGGAAUUGGAACCUCCUAUUUAUCAUUUGGAUUUAAAACCAACCAAUAUAUUGCUGGAUGAGAAUAUGGUGCCAAAAAUCGCAGAUUUCGGCUUGUCAAGGUUGUUCAGGGAAGAACAAACGCGGAUCACGAAAAGUUCUAUGGGAACACUGGGGUACUUGCCGCCAGAAUACAUAGAGAGCAACUUAAUAUCAAAGAAGUUCGACAUAUUCAGUUUGGGUGUUGUAAUCAUAAAGAUAAUAACAGGACCUACAGGCCACUCCAAAACUUCUGAUAUGUCUUCCCAGCAAUUCAUUGAGAUUGUACAUGAAAACUGGAGGAACAGGCUACAGGCAACGCAAAUUUGCAUGCCUGAGUCAUCCUCCAAACAAGUGAAGAGAUGCAUCGAAAUAGCCUUAAGCUGUAUGGAAACUGACCGAAGGAAAAGGCCGAGCAUAGGGGAUGUUGUCCAGAAGCUGAAUGAGACAGAGAUGGACCAGCAGGUCCCUGUUCCAAAUGCCCCAGCUUUGCAUAAAAGGAAGGAGAGGACGCCGUCGGGAACUGCCAAUGAUGUUAACAGUUUUAAUACACACUUACCAGAAGUGAACAGUCACGGAAAGCGUGGCCGCAUGAGAACAAGCGAGACCUCGUCUCUGCCUCGCAAUGCUGCGCCCACGUCAGCUAAUUGCAGCCGUUACAGCGGCGGUGGCGUUGAAGAGGACGUCAGCGAGAGUUCAUCUCCGCCUUCAGCCGCCGCCGCGCCCGUGCACGCUACUGCCUCCGACAUAUGUUCCGAAGUGUACCAACGCCUCGUCCAAAAAGGUUUCGAGGAGGCGCUUGCUCCUGAGUUCCGCGAGCAACUCGAGGCCCACUUUGCCCGGCUUCCCAUGAGUUAUCAGAUAAAUCUAGAUAUUGAUAAAGCAGAGGACAUCUUAAUCCACAAGAAGGUUUUGGCAGAAGCAAAGGAUUCUGAUAAACGCCCAGCAUUUGCUGUUCGUUUCCUAAGGCUUGAAGAUAAAGAUGUGGAUGAGAUAAAUGACUCUAAUGAAAGCCAGGAAAGGGCUGCUACGGAGGUUGCUCUAUCUACCAGGGCAGAGAUAUUAUAUGCGCACAUUCAUGAGAUUAUAUUAUCCACGAUAAAAAGUCCCAGUAACCUUAGACAGCUGUCCAUUUUGCUUUUGGACAUUGGGCUGAUAAUUAAGGAAGCUCAUGUUUUCUCAACACUGGAUGGUUAUUCUCUUUAUAUCUUUAUUGUUGAUGGAUUGCAGGAUGUUCAAGGUUUGCAAACGGCGCUAGGAGAAUUGAUUUUGAGAAACAAGAACAUUGAAAGGGGUUCAUGGUCCGGCUCAACUUCAGCAAAGUUACGACCAUUCCAAGAAGAUGAUUGUGUGUCAGAUACUGAUAAAAGUUUUGUGAAGAUUGUGAAGAAGGUUGCUUCUGAAUCUUGUGGCAAUAUGUUUCAUGGGACUUACUUUGGCAAGGACGUUGCUAUUAAUGUACUAAAUUCUAAGAAUUUGAAUCAAAAGGUUUGGAAUGAAUUUGAGCAAGAAUUCUACAAGUUAAGGGAACUUGAUCAUGCCAAUGUUAUUCGACUGAUUGACUCAUGCACAAGGCCACCUUGCAUAAUAACAGAAUGCAUUUCUGGAGGGAACCUAUUUGAUUUCUUGCACAAUGAGCAUAAUGUCUUGGACCUUCCAAUGCUUGUGAAGUUUGCAUUAGAUGUAUGCAGAGGGAUGUCUUACUUGCAUCAGAACGGCAUCAUCCACGGAGAUUUGAAAUCUGCUAACCUUCUUCUAAUGGAUAAAAAUCACAUUGUAAAGGUGGCAAAUUUUGUCUUAGCUCGUUUCCAUGAUCAAGAGGGUGUUAUAAAAGAGGGUGUUGUAACGGCUGAAACCGUGACCUGUAGAUGGAUGGCGCCAGAGGUUAUAAACAAUCAGGCCUACGGCACCAAAGCAGACGUGUAUAGUUUUGCUAUUGUGCUCUGGGAGCUUAUGACAUCCAAGAUUCCCUAUGAUAUCAUGACCCCACUCCAGGCAGCUGCAGGUGUGAUAGAGGGUUUGCGCCCACAACUUCCAGCAAAAACACAUCCAGGGCUAACAAACUUGAUGCAGAGAUGUUGGAACGCCAUUCCAUCUGCCCGCCCUUCCUUCUCAGAUAUAAUUACUGAAUUGGAGGGCAUUCAGGCACAUGCUCAGGGAACAUUGACAUCACGGGAGACUGGCCAGAAACAAGAGGAUCACUACCACAAGCCCUUGCAGUUGCUUUCAAAUGAAUCUCUCUCUGGUUCGGAGCACACAACAUUCUUCACUGCUACAUCUGAGAAUACAACAUUCUUCACUGCUACGACAGGAACCAUCGAACCAGAAAGAUAAGGAUUACCCAGGCAGUAAUGAUUUUCACUAAGCAGUAGAAAAAAACAUAAAUAUUGCUAAAAAUGUCGGAAAAUGAACUGUGAACACAGCAGGGACGAUGAAAAAUCUGGUGUCUAUAUAUUUGCAUUUUUCCUGUGUAUCAUAUCAUAUUGUAUAUAUGGCCAUGAUGCAGCAUGCCUAAUCAGACCAUUUUAAAUUGUUUAAAAUGUAAAUCUGACCGUAAUUCAAGUUUUCGAGAUUACUGACUCUGUCCAUGAUUUAUCAUGUUUGUCGAGUGCCUCAAAACUCAGAUCUCCGUGAAGGCACUCUUUUUUUCGUGUGUGUACUAGAAGAAACAUAUAUACAAUAUGAUAUGACUGGAACAAGGCUGAUUUAUCA